UGCACAAAACUGUCAUCGCGCACCGCUAGUGCUCGCAUGAGUUGAUGUUCUUCGAUUAGUCAUAGGAUUUAUUUGCUCGCUCGGAUAGUUAAUAGUCACUAGAAUUUGAAUUAAUUUGUCACUUGUUUACCUUCCAGUUGAUCCACUGGAUCCCUUCUGGUCGGUUAGAAUCGGUAUAUGCAGAACUCGGAAGCUUAUCUGCGAGAAACAAAUAUGUUUUGUUAGUUGACCAGUGUGUGUAUUUUGCUUGGCCUAAAUAAAAGUGACCACGCGAUUCGCCUUCAGAGAAAACAGUGAAAAGCGGCCAUCGAGUUUGGAAUGCAAAAAUAUCGAUUUAAGUGAAAAGUAUCGACGGAUCACAUUGUAGCAACCCGCAGUAAUUCUCAGAGUAUUUGGGAACGCAAAGAAAACCAGAAAUCGUAGUAGGCCUUGCACUUGAUAGCGCGUAUCGUGAAGUUUUUUACUUUUCCGACAUGAAUUCCAUUCGUGGGUGUAAUCGUGAAUGAAUGCAAGAAUCGUUUCUCUCCAUUUGCUCCGGCGAAGGGGAAAGUGCCACAGUGAAGUGCAGGCUCAUUCGAUUAGCGUACUGCUGAUAUUAUUUUGCCCGCGUUGAUGUGUUGGAAGUCAUCCGAGGAUAUCGGUGCUGUAGUAGUGCUCUAACAUUAUAGUAGAGAACAACAUUUUACUAGAUAAUCCCGAUUGUGCCUCGGAAAUACGUCCUUGACUGAAGUGUGAUGGAGCUGCUUCAUACGAUCUCGAGUACAUUCUGGUCUACCAAGGUUUGGUUGCCUCCAAACGUUACCUGGGACGACAUCCGACCAGGAGUUCGACCGGAUGUUAAUCAUGCCGACUACCGGCAUCUGGUGUAUCCUAUCCCGCUUGCAGCAGUCAUCCUAGUGAUACGAUUUUUCGUCGAACGGUAUUGGAUCUCACCGAUUGGCAAAGCGAUAGGAAUCAAAAGCACAGGCCCAAAACCACCGAUACCAAACAAAACACUGGAAUCGUGUUACAGUAGCAACAGCCGGUUAAACCAUAAAACCAUCGUCAAACUAACCAAACAAACCGAGCUCAGCGAGCGGCAAAUCGAGCGAUGGUGGCGCCGCCGGAGAGCACAGGACAAACCGACCACCUUGAUCAAGUUCAGCGAAAACUCGUGGCGGUGCAUCUAUUACACGUACAGUUUCAUCUUCGGUUGUAUCGUGAUGUGGGACAAACCGUGGCUUUGGGAUAUCAAGCAGUGCUGGUAUGGUUACCCGCACCAGUCCGUCUCGAAUGACAUCUGGUGGUACUACAUGAUCUCGAUGGCAUUCUAUUGGUCCCUGACGGCGUCCCAAUUUAUCGACGUCAAGCGGAAGGACUUUUGGCAAAUGUUUACCCAUCACAUGAUUACGAUUUUGCUGAUGGCACUGAGCUGGGUAUGUAACUUGCAUCGGGUUGGAUCACUGGUUUUGCUGGUGCAUGAUUGUGCCGAUAUCUUCCUGGAGGCUGCUAAGAUCACGAAAUAUGCCCAAUAUCAGAAGCUAUGCGAUUCGAUAUUUGCCGUAUUCACCGUGGUGUGGAUCAUCACUCGGUUGGUGCUUUAUCCUCGAGUCAUCUACAGUUCCUCGGUUGAGGCUCCACGAAUACUACCGAUGUUCCCUGCGUACUACAUUUUCAACAGCCUGUUAAUCAGCUUGCUUGUCCUCCACAUCGGUUGGACUUAUCUGAUUAUGCAGAUCGUUAUCAAAGCAAUCAAAUGCGGACAGAUGGACGGCGAUGUUCGUUCAAGCUCUAGUGACGAACUUUCCGACAGCUCCGAGAAUGCCCGACCCGUCGUAGCCAACGGGACUCCAAAGAAACAGCACCGACCGUCGCCGAGUAAGCAGGCACCCGGCUCCAAUCAGUCGUCACCGAAGAAGUAGAGGCACGCAUGUUCCGAUCAAAGUUAGGCUGCUACUAUUAUUAUUAUAAUUACUAUUCAUUAUUACCAUUACUUUUACUUCUAUUUCUACUACUAUCACUACUGCUGUUACUAUCGUAGUAUCAAGAAGCGCGUGUGUUGGGAAGCAAAGCGCAAUAAUAUUUAACAAAAAAAAACAGACAACCCAACCUUUUUGAUUGUAUGGAAAUCUUCUUGAUGAUCGCAAGGCAUGCAGAGAAAGAAUGUAUCGUAUUAAAAUGAACGCAAGUGUCUAAAUUACCGAACAUAUUUUAAAACAAAUUUUUGCUAUUGAUAUAUUUAUUAACCUAGUAAAACGAAGUGAAUGAACGUUGUCGACAAAGAAAACUAUCUAAGAAGGUGGUGUAUUCCGUGGUAAAAAUCGUAUCCGUGGUAAUCUCUUCACCCAGAAAUCGUUUAGCACUGCACUACCAAAAGAAGUGUGCAUAUUCAUUCGAAAGAACAAACAAAAAAAACACUGUACCUUGUGCUCGAGUCCCGAACAGGUUCUCUAAUACGAUUUCUUUUCAACAUUCCCGAGACCGAAUGAGAGUUUUCGCGAUUGUACAACCAAAACUGUGGGUUCGAUGCACGCUGAACAGAAUGGACGAACUAAAAUACUCUAUUCGAAGCAGAAUGUUACACAUUUUGGAGCGAUUUUGAAUGAACUUUGUGUAUAUUGGUAAAAUUAAACGGGACAUGUCUGAAUGUAAACAAUGCUUUUAAAAAGCAAGGAACAAUCAAUACUUUGCUUGUCUAGAAACAAAAAAAUUAAUAAAAAGGUAAAUAAACGUUAAAAUUUACAAACUAUCUCCGUUGAAAUACACUCCAUUUCAUUAUGCAUUCUCAUAAGGCCUUUUAUCGUUUGCCAAUGAGAUGUUCAGGAAUGCUCUUAGAUACACAGUUGCCUUUCCAUUAGUCCAUAUUUUUUGUUUUUUGUUGGAUUUUUGUUUUAAACCGCUGCUGUUAAUUUGGUCGCAGCUCAUAAGCUGCGUCACAGAUUUUUUUUUAUCUUCCAAAGAAAGUAAAGAGCAUCGAAUAGGAUAAACUAGAUCCAAAACAUGCAACAGCAAACCGGUAACAAUAAGAAUAAACGUAGUUUAGUUAGUAAUUGAAUAUCAUGUUUUUCAAAUUACCAUCCUAGUGAAUAACGUUUAGUUUACUAACAUAAGUGUUUGAUAAUAUAAUGGCGGUAUACGCGAGAAAGUGUGCACGUAAAAUCGACCACUGAUGCAGCAAACCGGUAUUCGUGGCUCAACAUUUCCUCUGUUUCCAGUUGUCAUUAUCCGCAGAAAACUGCUCCGUUAAAGUCUAGUUAGAGGCGUUUUGGUCUACCAGCAUUUAUUCUCUUAACAAAUUUCAUCCAUCUAGCUUUCGUCGCCGAUUCAGAUAUAAACUUGUGUAGUAACCUCGGGCAGACCGUUGGAAAAUUCUUAAUAAUCAAACGUUGUAUUAUCAAAAGCUGAGGGAAGAUUUCAUGAAGAUGCUUGAUUAUUCUUGCUGUGGGAAAUGAGACACAUAAUAAAGUGUAUAACGAAAAUUG